GUCUACGUUACCGUUCGUUUCAUCAUAAUUAAUUUAGAUCACUAGUACUCAGCUAGUAUAUGUGUAGAGUUAUCUUUCAGUUAACUAUUUGACUCAAUAACUCGUAUACAUAAAAUUCUUGGCCAUACACUAAUGAUUGACAACAAAUCGCAGUAAAGUAAUGGAUUCUAUUCGAGUCAUUCCUUUGGGUGCUGGGCAGGAUGUAGGCAGAAGUUGCAUUCUUGUCACGCUCGGUGGUAAAAAUAUCAUGUUUGAUUGUGGAAUGCACAUGGGUUAUAAUGAUGACAGAAAAUUCCCUGACUUCACUUACAUUACUGAUAAGGGGGGUCUGAAUGAGUACUUGGAUUGUGUAAUUAUUAGCCAUUUCCAUCUUGAUCACUGUGGUGCUCUUCCUUAUAUGACCGAAGUAAUAGGCUACGAUGGUCCAAUCUAUAUGACUCAUCCUACCAAAGCAAUUUGCCCAAUACUUUUGGAAGAUUAUCGUAAAAUCAACGUCGAGCGGAGAGGAGAUCAAAAUUUUUUCACUUCUGAUAUGAUAUAUCGGUGUAUGACGAAAGUUAGGUGCGUAUAUAUACAUCAAACAGUCAAAGUAGAUGAUGAACUUGAAAUACAGGCAUUUUAUGCUGGUCACGUUCUGGGAGCAGCAAUGUUUCUUGUACGUGUAGGAACAAAAUCGGUCCUGUAUACUGGGGAUUAUAACAUGACACCCGACAGGCAUCUUGGGGCAGCUUGGGUUUCUCGUUGCCGUCCAGAUCUUCUCAUUACUGAAAGCACUUACGCAACGACAAUACGAGAUUCAAAACGUACAAGAGAACGGGAAUUUCUGGAAAAGAUUCAUGCUCGCGUUGAGGCCGGGGGAAAAGUCUUAAUUCCUGUCUUUGCCUUAGGUCGAGCUCAAGAACUUUGUAUAUUGCUAGAAACAUAUUGGGAAAGAAUGAAUAUUUCCGUUCCAAUAUACUUCUCCAUGGGAAUGGCAGAAAAAGCUAAUGAAUAUUACAAGUUGUUUAUCUCAUGGACAAAUCAAAAAAUCAAGGAGACAUUUGUAAAGCGAAAUAUGUUUGAUUUUAAACAUAUAAAGCCUCUUGGACAAGGAACCGUUGAUAAUCCAGGGCCGAUGGUAGUCUUCGCCACACCAGGUAUGCUUCACGCUGGACAAUCUUUGCAUAUAUUUCGUAAAUGGGCUUCAGAUGAACGAAAUAUGGUUGUUAUUCCAGGAUAUUGUGUUGCUGGGACUGUAGGUUACAAGAUUUUAAAUGGAGUAAGACGUCUUGAAUUUGAUAAACAAGUGUUGGAAGUGAAAAUGUCCGUUGAAUACUUAUCAUUCUCAGCUCAUGCAGAUGCUCGUGGUAUUAUGCAAUUAAUAUCUCAUUGUCAACCUAAACAUGUAAUGCUAGUACAUGGAGAAGCAAUCAAAAUGGAUUUUUUAAAAUCUAAAAUUGAACAAGAAUUUGGAUUACCUUGUUCAAAACCUGCAAACGGAGAGAUUCUAUAUGUAAAAACAGAACAACGCUUUAUUGUUGAAGCUUCAAGAGAAUUUCUUCAUCAAUCGUAUUAUUCAGAUGAUCCAAAUGAACCACUAAUUAAACGUUCUCGAUCUAUUCAAGGUGGAAUUCAAAUUGAACCUGAUGCAACCCCUAAACUACUUGAUCGUGCUUCAGUUUUGGCUUCUCUAAGUUUGAAAGAACAUGUAAUGAGGUUUACUUCAACGUAUGCAUUUUCUUCCUCUUCGAAUCUCACCACCAUUUUGGAUAAAUUUAUCAAAUUAUGUUCAAAAUUACCCAUAGAUCCACCAAAACUAGUACGUAAUCAAAUUCUAUUCAACAAUUCAGUCAUUGUGUCAGUUUGUGAUCCUAUGUUGGAUGAAUUUGAUGAUGAAACUCGUGAAAGAUCAACAGCUCUACGUCGUACAGCUAAUUUACAAUCAAAAGAAUAUGUUUGUCAUGUAACCUAUAGCUUACAGAAUGAAAUUUUAGGUGAACAACUUAUGAAAAUGUUUCGAGAACAAGUUGUUAAUAUGUAAAGAUUUGUGAUGAUGAAUGCAGUACAUGGAACAAUUCGUGGAAAUGUAUUUUUCUAUGGUUUUCAUAGCUAAUAACUAAAAUAAACUUUAAUUCUAUAGAAAAAGAAAAUUGUAAAG